CUGCAACCUAUGGUAAUUAGACCGUUGGCUGCCGACCUUGUAAGCCCAAGUUUUCCAUAGAUUUUGGCUCGAACUUGAAAGGUGACUUUUGGUUCGCCCCUCCAUAAUGCUCGCAAUCCCAGGAAAAGAUCCAGGAAGUGCAGCCGACCAACAGGAAAGCCAAACCUCUCUGAAUCUCUGAGACAAGUUUUUCCUUGCCAAUCAUCAUGCUCCAGGCAAGAAGAGGUGCUUGGCCCAACAGUAUUGUGCUGGCAAAUGUGUUGGUUUGGCAAUUCGUGUUGGGUGAUGUGGGCGAAACCACCAAGAUGUUUCUGGACGACAUGUCCCUCCACUUUGAUGAAUCCACAACCUACCCAGAUUUUCUCUACGAAGAAUUGUCCAAUUGCAUGGCCAAAUGGGGUGUGGAACAACUCGAAGAGACCCAAGAUGCCGCGUUUCAAAAGUUCUAUGAUUACUACUUGUCGGGUGGGAGUAGGGGGGAUGCAUGGGGUGGACGAGAGGAAGACUUUUUGGAAUCCAAACUCAACAAGUCGGCACUCUUUGGAACCACCUACCGGACGUAUGAGGUACAAGAGCCAUGCAACUACGUUUCCAAUGUCGGCUUCUACCGUUCGGCCAUUCGCGUCUGUGAUUACAAGACUUGGAAUAUCCCCGUUUCGGAUCAAAUAGCUCUGAUGCAAACCUUCAUCACAACGGGUACUUCCUCUUGUUGGUUUCAUGGGAGCAUGACCAAUGCGGGGCAACAGUUUGAUGCGCACAUGGUAGCCAUCCUGAUCAACAAUGCCUAUCAGAUAUUAAUUCGAGGCACGGGUACCAACUCGACAAUCCUUUGGACAGUGGGUCAAGACAUUGAGCCUAUACCAUUUCCAGAGCUCGUUACCGAUAUUACCUAUAUGCCACUCAAUUAUGGCGUACCCGAGUGGAUCCCCUUCUUGCUGGAAUUGCAAAUGCAACGAAGCAUCAAUUUGAUCAUUGUGGCGUUGCUGGCAUUUGGUUGUUAUGCAUUCCUGCCAUCCUCCAUCUGCGACUGCCUGGUGCAAGAUGUGAUUGCCCCGGAGCUUCUCAACGAAGUGGAAACUGACUUUUUUGUCAACCAGUACAUUCCAGAAUUGAACAUGCUGAUAGAAACACAAGACUUCCCACUUCCCCUGUUGCAGGGAGGGCCAUUAUUCAUCAAGCUCAUGGGAGUUGCCAUUGCCUUUAUAUGGGCAUUUGUGUUCCAAAAGGAGCAACUACCGGUUCCUUGCUUGGAAGGCGACUUUUUCAAUCUCACGGCACUGGGUGCCAUUAAAAGUCCCCUGGUGGAUUUUUUGGCCAGCCUGCUUCAUGGCGUACACAACACGGACGAUCGUGGGUUCUUUGAUCCACGUCGAGGUCAUCCGUAUCCAGGCUCCGAGUUUUGCAACAAACAAUCUCCACAUGCACUAUAUCACGAGCGUGCCGCCGAUGCAGUGUUUGAACUGUAUGCAGUCGCAGAUGAAGUGGAACAGCUUUUCAUCCAGCGCAGCAACCAUCGGAGGAAACUGUAGUAAUAUUGUCUGAGAGUGAGUGAGGUUUCCAAGACAGCCAAUUCCUCCAGUUCUGCGCUGUACUUGAGGGGAAGAAUCAGAGGGGUGACCUCGUGUUCCAGUUCCAGGUAGCUAGGACAUAAAGUGUAGGAGCCCAGAAGUUUUUAGGUUUUGC